ACACCAGAAAGUUUAUUUGUUAACCCUUUUUUCCCUCACUUUGGUAUCAAGGCAAGUUUGAAACUGCAAAUAUUCAACACAAAGUUAAGAACAAUGUAAAAUCAGUUAGGACCACAUAGCAAAAUGGUAAGUCUAUCCCUUUGAACAGUUUGAUGAGUCAGCAAAGAACAGGAUCCAACGUAUAAACAAACUUUUCACAACAUUGACUCCUACAACCUCGUUCACAGGUAUACGUACACUAUUGUUAUCACAAAAACUUUCCUUUUUCAUUUGGAUACACAACACUACUGUUCUUCUCUUCACGUGUUCUAUAUAAACACACUCACCAUAUCAGUCUUCUUAACUCAACCCUUAACUGCCUUUAAUCUUUUUCCUACCCCACAGUUCCACAUUUUUUCUGUUCAAGCCUUGAUCCAAUCCUGGUUUUUAUCCACUGAUAUCUUAGCCUCCAAAACUCAAAGUUCCAAUUUUUGUAAGAAAAUUGCUUCCACUUAAGAACUGAAAACAGAGGACCCUGCUAUUGUGCUGCACAAAUGGCUUCCCUCUAUGAUGUGCUUGGAAUUUCAAUUGGCGCAAGCUGCGUGGAAAUAAAGGCUGCUUACAGAAAGCUGGCUAGAACUUACCAUCCUGAUGUUGUGGCCAUGAAUCAGAAGGAAAGCUCAGCUCACCAAUUCAUGAUGAUCCAAUCAGCUUACUCAACUUUGUCUGACCCAGAAAAGAGAGCUCAAUAUGACAGAGAUAGUAGAUACAGAAGAUCAUCAGCUAUGGCUUCCAUGGCAGGAAGAAAUCACACAUUUUCCUGGGCUGGAGGAAGUGGCAGGAAAUGGGAAACCGACCAGUGUUGGUAGUCAUGUCAAGAUUAUAUUAUUGAACAUUCUGUCCUUCUUCUUCUUUAACAGUCACAUUCAGGAACACUUCCUUUUGCAGAAUUGAUGCUCUUGGACUCUGGAAGA